AUGCUGUACUCCGAAGAAGACAAGCUAGUAUUCCGUUUUGACGAUCACCUCCUUUGGAUCCAACCCUGGGGGCAGAAUGCCUUCCGAGUACGAGCAACCAAGCUAGCCUCCAUGCCCACAGAGGACUGGGCUCUCUCAUUCAAGCCUGCGAGCUCUACCAUCGUGAUUGAUACUCCAGCCGGGGAAGAUGCAAGCAUUGUGAACGGUAAAAUCAAAGCUACCGUAUCGCAGCGCGGUAAAGUGAUUAUCUACGACUCCAAGGGCACGAAACUACUCGAAGAGUAUGCGCGACACCGACGAGAUCCGCGUGAUCCGAAAUGCAGUGCCCUCGAAAUCGAAGCACGCGAGCUACGUCCAAUCCUAGGCGGUGAUUACCACCUGACAAUGCGUUUCGAAUCGCUCGAUGCGAAGGAGAAGAUCUUUGGGAUGGGGCAAUACCAGCAGCCAUAUCUCAACCUGAAAGGGACAGAUCUGGAACUGGCCCACCGUAACUCGCAAGCCAGUGUCCCGUUUGCUGUUUCAUCACGCGGGUACGGGUUUCUUUGGAACAACCCUGCUAUCGGGCGAGCUAUGCUAGGAACAAACGUGAUGAGCUUCGAGGCCUAUUCCACUCGGGCAUUGGACUACUGGGUCGUGGCGGGUGAUACCGUGGCUGAGAUUGAAGAAGCGUACGCCAAGGUGACCGGGUAUGUCCCGAUGAUGCCUGAAUAUGGUCUGGGAUUCUGGCAAUGCAAGCUCCGCUAUUGGAAUCAGGAGCAACUACUUAACGUAGCGAGGGAGUAUCGACGGCGCGAGGUACCGCUUGAUCUGAUUGUGAUAGACUUCUUUCACUGGAAGCACCAGGGCGAGUGGAGUUUUGAUCCAGAGUUCUGGCCAGACCCUGAUGCCAUGAUUAAAGAGCUGCAAGAGCUGAAAGUUGAACUUAUGGUCUCAAUCUGGCCAACCGUCGAGAAUGCCUCAGAAAACUACCCCGAAAUGCUCGAGCGUGGGCUGCUCAUUAGACACGACCGCGGGCUGCGGGUUGCCAUGCAAUGCGAUGGUGAUAUCACCCAUUUCGAUGCAACAAACCCUGAAGCGCGCAAGUUCGUUUGGAGCAAAGCGAAAAAGCAUUACUACGAACGCGGAAUCAAAGUCUUCUGGCUCGAUGAGGCCGAGCCUGAGUAUUCCAUCUACGACUUUGACAUCUACCGUUAUCACGCCGGCAGCAAUCUGCAGAUAGGCAAUAUCUUCCCCAAGGAGUACGCCCGCGGAUUCUAUGAGGGUAUGCAGGCGGAGGGCCAGAUGAACAUCGUGAAUCUGCUGCGGUGUGCCUGGGCUGGCAGCCAGCGCUACGGGGCCCUGGUCUGGAGCGGCGAUAUUGCGUCCUCGUGGAGCUCGUUGCGGAAUCAACUCGCCGCGGGUUUGAAUAUGGGUCUCGCCGGCAUCCCAUGGUGGACGACUGAUAUAGGCGGGUUCCACGGCGGCAAUCCGGAUGACCCUGCGUUCCGGGAAUUGUUCACUCGCUGGUUCCAAUGGGGAACUUUCUGCCCGGUGAUGCGACUUCAUGGAGAUCGCGAGCCUAAGCCCGAGGGCCAGCCGACGGCCAGUGGCUCCGACAAUGAGAUCUGGUCGUACGGCGAGGAGGUAUAUGAAAUCUGCAAGAAGUUUAUUGGAAUCCGGGAGGAUCUGCGUGAUUAUACACGAGGCUUGAUGAAAGAGGCACACGAGAAGGGGACGCCAGUGAUGCGCACACUCUUCUACGAGUUUCCUCACGAUCCUCGGGCGUGGGAAGUUGAGACGGCGUACAUGUUUGGGUCCCGGUAUCUGGUCACACCGGUCUUGCAGCCGGAGCAGCGACAAAUCAAGGUAUAUCUUCCUGUCGGGGCCUACUGGACGCUCUGGGGCAAGACGAGUGCACCCACCGACGGCAUUCCAGGGGUCUACCAGGGGGGCAGCGAGGUCGAGGUGGAUUGUCCGAUUGACAAACUGCCCGUAUUCUAUCGAGUGAAUACCUGA